CGGCGAGUCGUUCAUAAGACUAUCGCGCUGGGAUAUACUUCCCUCGCUCUGGUCUCCUGCAUACUGACAUGAGCACCGUUCUUACUAUCUUGGCGGCUGGUGCCGCUGUCCUUCUGUACGCGCUAUGGUGGCUCUUUGGGACCUACUUCAUGCGGUCUCCUCUGGAUAACAUUGCGGGCCCCACCUACAAGUCCAUCUCUGCACAAUUUUCCACGGAAACUGGGAGGCGACAAGCAUGGAAGUUCUGGGAAAACCUUGCGAAGACAUACGGUCCUGUUACCUCUAUGAAAGGAAUCUUGGGCAGACGCUUUCUUGUGAUACACGAUCCGAAGGCUCUCCACACUGUCAUGAUCAAGGAUCAGGAAAUCUAUGUUAAAGGUCUCGCGCCUCUGAAUGAUUUCACUGUGCUACUUGGCCCCGGCGUGCUCUCCACAAUAGGGGCUCAGCACAAGAGGCAGCGCAAACAGUUGAACCCCGUCUUCUCUGCUGCGCAUCUUCGGAAUAUGACCCACAUUUUCUACAAUGUCGCCCACAAGGUGCGGAACGCUAUCAGGGCUCGCGUGCCUGCGGGAGGAACGGGAGAGGUGCUCGAUGUGAAUGGAUGGAUGGCGCGGACGACGCUCGAGAUGCUCGGUCAAGCCGGUUUGGGGUACUCCUUCGACAGUUUCGUAGGGGACGCAACGGACCCCUAUGGCGAGUCAGUGAAGUUGUUCUUCCCGGUACUCAGCCGUUUCCAGUACUUUGGCCUUAUUAUUGAGAAGGCAUCAUACAUCCUCUCUGCGUCGCAGAUCCGCGGACUUCUCAGAAGAUACCCUCAUAAGGAUGUGCGCCAUAUCAUGCAGAUAUCGGACACCAUGCGGAGGCGGUCACAGGAGAUCAUCGAGGAGAAGAAGGCCGCUCUUCGGAAGGGUGACGAAGCUUUGUUACAUCAAGUAGGGGAGGGUAAGGACCUCAUGAGCAUCUGCCUCAAGGCGAAUAUGACGGCUUCAGAAGCCGAGAAGCUGUCGGAUGAAGAGCUCAUUGCACAGAUGUCGACAUUCAUUCUUGCAGGCAUGGAUACCACUUCCAACGCACUGUCUCGUAUCCUCAAUCUACUCGCACAGAAUCCCACGGUGCAAGAUAAGCUUCGCACAGAAAUCGUCGAGGCCCGUGGCGGCACUGGAGGCGAAACCGACACUCCCUACGACGAUCUCAUCAAGCUCCCAUAUCUCGACGCUGUCUGCAGGGAGACGCUUAGACUCUAUGCCCCCGUCACAUUGUCUGGUCGCAUGGCAGCGAAGGAUUCCGUAAUCCCGCUCUAUACGCCCAUCCGUGGACGAGAUGGCAAUAUGAUCAACGAGGUGAUCGUUACAAGGGGUACCCUCGUGCUCGUGCACUACCAGGCUAGCAAUGUCGACGCGACCCUCUGGGGCGAAGAUGCGUAUGAGUGGAAGCCUGAGCGAUGGCUGUCUCCCCCUCCUGCUGCCCUGGAGGAGGCGCGGAUUCCUGGAGUGUACUCAAACCUCAUGACGUUCGCAGCAGGGAUACGCGGAUGCAUCGGCUUCAAAUUCUCCCAGCUCGAAAUGAAGGUCGUUCUUGCCGUUCUGCUGUCGUCAUUCUCUUUCGAGUUGACAGACAAAGAGAUCACCUGGAACUCCUCGGCGGUCAAUUACCCCACCAUGGGCGAAGAUAGCACGAAGCCCGAGAUGUUACUGAGGGUCAAGGCGCUGUAGACGAGUCGUUGCACAGGGCCCGGCUACAUAGGCUGGAACAGUGGUUCCUUCAACAGCACUCCCUCACCUCCGGUUCCACACUGUUUCUUUGUUCCCGAAACACCCGUCUUGCCCGUCAUAGCCGAGGGACUCGGACACGCGAUAAGAAGAAUUUGUGAUGAUCGUCCCCGAUCCCAGAUCCC